AAUAAAUAAAACUCACGAUGCACAUAGAUAAUACACUCUCGCUGUCUCCCUCCUACAUUCUGUAUUCUUCUCUUUGAGAUUCUACUGUUUACAAAUAUUGACUCCAAAUUCUCCCCCAAAUUUCUAGGGUUUUGCAGCCCUGCCCCUAAGGGCACGUUAAUCAAAUUCUUUGAGAAUACUAAGGGAGCAUGCAAUCCAAGCCGAAAAGUGAUAAAGAAGCAGUGCCAAACCUCUAUAAUGUUACUAACCCCUCGCUAUGCCCUGAUUCUUGGUGGAAUAAUGCUGGAUUUAAAUCCUUUAACCCGACAAUGAUUAGGGGAAAUGCGUCCGAGUCAUCCUCUCGGGAACAAUCUGUGGACGGGCAAUCGCAGUCUGAAAGUGGUAUAAAUGAGGAAGAUGAUGAUAAUGCCAAACAGCCAUCAAGCACCAUGCCUUUGCACACAAACAGAAACUUCAUGGGAGAGGAUCUGAAUCUCCAGCAAGUUCCACCUACCUUGCGCCCGAGAGAUGACGGGAACACAACUGAGCCCCCACAACUAAAUCUCGUUGGGCACUCAGUUAUCAAGAGAUUUAUUAGUGAAUUAGUGUUUAUAAGCUUCAAACUUUUUCAGGCUCUUGGGAUGAACCCUUUUGAUCCCUACUACGGAGGCAUGAUGGCAGCUUAUGGUCAGCCCUUGGUACCUCCUCAUAUAUAUGAUAUGCAACAAGGGCGGGUCCCACUACACCUGGAGAUGGCACAAGAGCCUGUAUACGUGAAUGCCAAGCAGUACCAUGGUAUUAUGAGGAGACGACAGUCACGUGCUAAAGCCGAGCUGGAGAGAAAAUUAAUCAAAUCCAGAAAGCCUUAUCUACACGAGUCGAGACAUCAACAUGCCCUGAGGAGGGAAAGGGGCUCGGGUGGACGUUUUGCAAAGAAAUCUAAUAGUGGAGAUGCUUGUAAAGGGACAAGUUCAGGCUCGAGUUCCUGUGGACCAAACAUGGCUGAAACUCAUGAUCGAUACAAUGCGGAUGUUGGUGGACUUGGUAAACAAGUGGACUUGCACCAAGCGCCACAUCAGCCAUAGCAAGAUGGAGUGAGGGGGCCCACUUGGGUUCGGAAGUUGAGAAACAAUCACGCAUCUAGCCAUGUGCUUACAACGGAGUGAAACCCGGCCGACUCACUUGGUUUUUUCCAAGCUGGCUGGCAAGUCAUCCUUGGCUUUUACUACCUGUUAGGUUUUCUUUUCAUUUCUUUUCUUUUGCUCACCGGGAUUUUUUUUGGUGGUUGUUGUUCUUUAUGUACAGUUUGGCUUUUGGCUUUGAUAAACAGAGUUUGUGUAGGAUAUAUAUAACCCAAGUUAGAUCUGCUGGGAGGAGUAUGUUGUUUUUUUUUUUACUGCCUUCAUUGAUUGUGCAUUUCUUUUCACUGAAAGGGUCGUUCGUGCACUUAUAGAACGAUCUGUAUAUCUAUACAUAGAGAAAAGAGAAAUGCUACAUUGUAGUGUACAAAUAGAUUGACAAC